UGGGUUGUGUGUGUCCUCUGGUGGUGGAAUGCUUGUCACCUACUCCUUUUUAAGUUCCCAAAUCGCUUGAUACUUCUCAAGCUGUGUCUCUUUUUCUCCAGAGACUGCAAAGCUCUGAUCUUUGCUUCAAUGGAGAAGCACAAAUGCAAGCUCUGUUCAAGGAGGUUCUCCAGUGGCAGAGCUUUGGGUGGUCACAUGAGGUCUCACCUAGCCACCCUCCCCAUUCCUCCGAAGACCCCGCAACACAGUGACCGGACCGACCCUGUUUCCUCUUCCUCUUCCUCUUCUUCCAGUGAGGAAGAAGAGGAAGAGGGGGAGGAGCAAAGAUCAGAAGGAGAGGAGAAGGCUCUGGCUUAUGGGUUGAGGGAGAAUCCCAAGAGGAGUUUUAGAUUGGCAGAUCCUGAGUUUUCGUUCGCUGUGGAUGCUGGGUCCGUGGUCCAGGACCGCGAGAGCGAGACCGAGUCCAGGAACCCAACUCGGAGGCGAUCCAAACGAGCUUGGAAACUGGGUGUGCCCAACCAGGGACUGGAUUUGAAGAAACCUAAAUUGGGAAAAUCGGAGACCACCGAGUCGCCGACUGAGCCGGAGCCGGUGAGUUCAGUUUCCAACACUUGGCCUGAAGAGGAUAUUGCUAUGUGCCUGGUGAUGCUUUCGAGGGAUACAUGGACCAGAAGCGAUGAAGAUCAAGACAUUAAAGAUGAAGAAGAAAGAUCAGUUGAUGAAACAUGCAAGAAGGUGUUCUCAUCCUUUGAAGCAUCCCCAGUUGAAAAAGUCGUUAACAAAGCCAGUAAGAAGAAGAUCAAAACCUGUUUUGAAGACGAAUCAAAUCCAGAAAAUGGAGGUAAUGUGAAAAUUUAUGAGUGCCCAUUUUGCAGUAGAGUGUUCAGGUCUGGCCAAGCAUUGGGUGGGCACAAGAGAUCACACCUCCUCAAUAAUUCAACCACCACAACUGCCGCCGCUGCCGCUGCUGCUGCCGCUUCUGCGAAUUCUGAGAAAUUCCAGAAUGGGGUGAUAGAUCUCAAUCUCCCUGCUCCACCUGAAGAUUAUGCCUUUAGUCAGCACUCUGCAGUUUCAUAUGCAGAGUUCAUUGCCAAUACCAUAAAAUGUUGAUGAAAUUGAAAUUCAUAGGUAUUGUUAAGAUCUGAGACUCUGUUUCUUAGUAAUUCUUAGAUAUAAUUUCAAUCUUUUUUUUAUUUAUAGAUGAAGGGAGUUGAAGUUUUUUGGUGGGGUGUUCUUUCAUUAAUUGAUUCCACUUUUAGUCACGGAGAUGAUUGUUUUGUUCUUGGGCCUCCUCAUAGUACCAGUACCAAACUGUCCGCCUGCAUUUUCUGUUUGAUUAA